AUACUUAUUAUUAUUAUUAUUAUUAUUAAAUGGUUACAAACUUAGAUAUGCAAUAUGCAGUUAUUAUAACUGUUUGCAUUUAUUCAAUUAUUUUUAGUGUUUUGUUAAAAACACUGUUGACUUAGUAAAAAAAAGGUAGAUUAUAUGAUUGUUACAGUGUGUGAUGAAUCAAACUGGUAAUGAGGUUGCAGUACAUUACCAAUGACUACUGCUAGUUAGAAGGAAGUACUAGACAGCAAAUGUAAAGAUAUUUUGACAUUUGAUUGUUGCACUAAACAAAGUUAGGGGAUGUAUAAUCCCUAAGUUUGUACAAUAGGUUCCACUCCUACUGCAUUUUAUCAGUUAGAAGUUGUUGUUUUUUCACAAAGUAUGUAUGUAAAGUAUGUGCUUUAUUAGUUUUGAAAUGUAGUCAUGUAUUCAUGGUGGUUUCCACCACCUGUAUAUGCCUACUUCUGAAGAACUGGAGGUCUGCCAAUUUUGUGUGUGCCAGUUCCAUGGAAAGGCACCUUCUAUUGUUUUAUUGUGUUUGCACAAUGACCACAUACAUGUAUAAAGUGGGAAUUGACCUGGAACUUGAAUGGAACACCCACGUGUUUUAGGACUGGCUUAACUAAAUGAACCUUUCCUCAAGCACAUCAAGCUGUUGAUCCCCUCUCUCUCUCUCUCUCUCUCUCUCUCUCUCUCUCUCUCCCUAAUAAACUGUGUGGAUAGUUUCCAGGGAAAAGCAAUUCUGGACAUGCUGCUUUUGGUGGAAAAGCAAGUAGGUUAUAAGAAUGUGAUGACCAAGUUCUUUAUCAGAUUUAUCAGGAGUUAUUUGUUCAGGUUUCACUACUACUACUCAAAUCUGAAACAGCAGUGAUGCAUUCAUGGUUGCAACCAACCUGGAAGAAACUAGUAGCUGCUCCUUUAGAUCUAAUGAUCAUUAAUAACAAUACCCUAAUCAUCUUCCCUCGUCAUCCUUGUUUCUCUAAAAUAAGACAAACUAAAUUUAAGUCACAGAAGACAGCUGCCAUGUGUAAUGUUGGUUGUAAAGCACACAUGCAUUCAAUCACAAUGUAUCUAAGGUCUAGAUAAAUAGAUCAGACCAUUUGUAAACAAGCUGGAUGGUGAGGCAAAUGCUUUGUAACUUUAUGACCUCAUUAAUAAACCCCUCUGGCUACUGGGUUUAUAUGCAGAUAUAAAGAUUGUGUCAGGUUAUAAAAAUCAACUUCUGUGGACCUGCAGCCUGAGAGUUAAAACAGAUAGGUGUGGUUAACUUGCAGUAAAAUGACACUGUAUCUCACUAGGACAAAGGAUACUGCCCAACCCUGGGAGGGGGGAGGUGUUUACAGGCAUUAUUUAAAUCUUGAGGCCACUUGCUGUAGCUCACACCUGACCAUAACAGUCUCACACACAGAUUUUCCUUCUCAAACUUGAUAAGGUAAGAAAACAUCUGUGACAAACUGGCCACUGCGCUAAACAACAGUUUAGCACAGUUCAAAGAUUUUGCUGCAAAAUACCAGGUAACCCAAUGUUUAGGGUUAUUUUUAUCACUUCUAUGGUAUGUUUUUGUGAAUUUGACUAUAGUCUGAACGCUGGAGUAAUGCCUCCCCCCGGGGUGUGUCUGAACAUCAUGGAAGCCCGUCAUAAGCAAGAAGGGUUUGGAGUCAUUGACAACCCGGACAGACUCUUCAACCAAGACUACCAGGCACUGAAACAGUACUGUCUGAUCAGAAGGGUCUGGUACAUAGAUGACACGUUCCCUCCUGACAGGAGCUCCAUUGGAGAAGGGAUACUGAACCCUUCUGAUGUGGCUCGCAUUAAGUGGCUGAGGCCAGGGGAAAUUUCCCCUAAUCCAUUCUUUGUACUCAAUGAAAUGUCCAGGUUUGACAUUGGUCAGGGAUCUUUAGAAAACUGCUGGUUUGUCGCAUCUAUUGGAGCUUUGACUUUCCAGAAUCACAUUCUCCACCAUGUUGUCCCUCAUGACCAAAGAUUUGAUGAGAACUACUGUGGAUUGUUUCACUUCAGGUUCUGGAGAUUUGGAAAAUGGGUGGAUGUCGUCAUCGAUGACAAGCUGCCAACAAUCGAUGGUAGACUGAUUUUUGUCCACUCCAAAAACUCAGAUGAGUUCUGGCCUGCUUUGCUGGAAAAAGCCUACGCCAAAGUGUGUGGUUCCUACACCGACAUGAAUGCGGGAAGCCCUGCAGAGGCUAUGGUGGACUUCACUGGGGGAGUUCAUGUGUGUAUCCAGCUGUCAAACGCACCUCCAAACCUGUGGGGGCUCAUGUACAGGGCCGGCAAAUCUCACACACUGAUGGGUUGUGGUACACAUCAAGGGACAUCUGCCAACGAUGUUUUACCAAAUGGACUAGUGUCAGGCCAUGCCUACACGGUUACAGGUGUUAAACAGAUGAUGAGCCGUGGGAAGCUAGUGAGCCUGGUGCGCUUGUGGAAUCCCUGGGGCAAAGGAGAGUGGAGAGGAGACUGGAGUGACAAGUCGCUGCUGUGGCAAACUGUAAGUGCAGAGGAUCGUAAGAUGUGUCUUACAGUGAGUGACGAUGGAGAGUUUUGGAUGACCAUUGAAGACUUUUGUAAGUGCUAUGUGGAUCUUGACAUUUGUGGCUUGGAUCCAGACUUCCUCGAAGAAGGCUCUGCUCAGUGGAAAACCUCCAUGCAAGAGGGCAGAUGGGUUGCAGGAACCACUGCUGGAGGAUGCACAAACAACAGAAACAGUUUCUGGACUAAUCCACAAUAUCGGGUCAAGUUUGAUGGUCAAUGUCCUCAAAACCAGGCAGAAAACAUGCUGGUGUCUCUCAUGCAAAAGCCAGAUAAGAGGAACCGACGUCUAGUCCAAAAUCUGCACAUAGGAUUGUACAUAUUUGAGGUGACAGAACAAUACAAGGAGCAUAAGGGGAAGUUUCCAGCUACUUUUUUCAGAACCCAUGCACCUGUGCACCAGACUAAAUUGUUCCUGAAUGCACGUGAGGUGACAGAGUUUGUGUUGCUGAAGCCUGGUGAAUACCUAAUUCUGCCAUCCACCUUCAAUCCUAAUGAGACAGCCUCAUUCAUCCUGACCAUCUACUCUAAAAUACAGACAUAUAGCCAUAACAACUCUGAUGACCAUAGAAAUGAGCCCCAAAGGCUCAACCAUGUCAAAGAUACAAAGGAUGAUGAAAACAGGAGAAGCUUUUUCCACCAGUACUCAGACAAGUAUGAUGAAGUGGACGCCGAGCAGCUUCAAAUACUUCUCAAUGAAAAGAUUCUUAAAGGAGACCUUAAGUCUGGAGGCUUUAGCAUUGAUGCUUGUUGCAGCAUGGUUGCUCUGAUGGACACAUCUAUUACAGGUAAACUCAACAGUGAGGAAUUUGUUCGUCUGUGGAGGAAGAUCAUCACCUACAGGGACAUUUUCUUUCGCACUGAUGUGUCACGUACAGGAACACUGUCGCUGAGUGAGCUGAGGAAUGCGUUCAUAGUUGCUGGGCUGAAAAUCAGCGAUGACAUGCUGAAUCUCAUGGCUCUGCGCUACGGUGCAUCCUCUGGACAAAUGACGCUGGAAAGCUUCAUUAGUCUGGUCCUCCGCCUGUCCUGCAUGCACAAAAUCUUCCAACAACUGGCUGAUGGAAAAGUCUUAAGUCUCAAAGAGUCUGAGUGGAUGUACAUUUCAAUGUACACCUAACCCAUGCAGGAAGAUCAAAUACACCAUUCAACUAGAAUUAAAAUAACAGGAAGCUCUCUUGAUUUUUUUGCGCUACUUUAUAGGAUGUUGGAGAAGACAGCGGCUUAGCCAACAACUAAUACGUACUCUUGUAAUUUCUCCAAACCCAAUUGAACUGAUCUAUGGCUCCCGUCCUGCUCACUAUACAGACCGUAUGAACUAUAGCAUACUCUAUGAACACCAGCCAGAGUUACUCUAGGGCCUGUGCACCGCAGCUUUAAAUAUAACACACAUUUCACAUUUCAAAGACUUUAGUUUACACUUAUUCUUUAGGGGUUUUGUUGGCAUAUGAUGCCUAAAUAUGUUAUUUUUUGUUUUUAUGUCAUUCGUGUAAAUUGAUAAUUAUUAAAUUAAUAAAAAAUAUUAAAAUAGUAAAUUAUCGGUGUUUUUUUUUAUUUACUGUAUAUUUGUGUACUGCGUCUGCGUGUGUCAUGUGUGAACUAUAAUAUAAAUAACAUUAUCUAGCGUAUUUCUAUCUUUUCUAAUAUUCAGCUUUCGAUAAUUGGCUGACUGGACAAAUUCUUAUGUUUUAUUUUUCUUUUCAAAGCUUCAUUCUUUUAGUUCAUACAGUGCUUUUUCUAUUCUGUCUUCAUUUCGUGUUCCAUUCAUAUCUGAACCAGUCGACCACAUUUGAACCACUCUGACCUCAUGCGAACAUGUUACUGAACCAUAAUCGAAUAAUCUGGAUGUGACUUUUAGUUUGUUGGAUCCAGAUUAAAG